AAAAAACUCGAAAACUGUGCAAAAUGCAAUCCUACCACAUUGCCAAACACGAAGGCAUUGAAAAUUUGGCUCUCACCCAGGAAGCCACCAUUCCGCAACCAAAAAGAGGACAAGUACUCGUUCGUAUGCGUGCUGCUUCCUUGAAUUUUCGUGAUUUAUUGGUGGUUAAGGGUUUGUAUCCGGGACCAUUUCCAUCACAAUUAAUUCCUUGCUCGGAUGGAGCAGGUGAAGUUGUGAGUGUUGGAGAGGAUGUUUCGGAAUUUGUUGUUGGAGAUAGAGUAUGUGGAUUGUUUCAUCAGGAUUGGAUUGCUGGAGAUAUGAAGGAUGAACAUAUGGCCAAUGAUUUGGGUGGAUCGAGUCAUGGAGUUUUGAGUCAAUAUAGAGUUUUUGAAAAGCAUGGAAUUAUCAAGAUGCCAUCCAAUUUGACAUUUGAAGAGGCAGCUACUUUGCCAUGUGCUGGAUUGACUGCUUAUCAUGCACUUGCACAAAAUGGAAUUAAACAUGUUGGACCAUCUCAAUCAGUUUUGGUUAUUGGAACUGGUGGUGUUUCCAUCUUUGCUGCUCAAUUUGCAGUUGCUGCUGGUGCAAAGGUCAUUGUUGUUUCUUCAAGUGAUGAAAAAUUGGAAAAGGCCAAAUCUUUGGGAGCUCAACAUUUAAUUAAUUAUUCUAAAACUCCAAAUUGGCAAGAAAAAGUUAGAGAAAUUGUGCCAAAUGGUGUUGAUCAUGUUAUUGAAGUUGGAGGUGCUGGCACUUUGCAACGUUCUUUACAAUCUGUCAAGAGAGGAGGUCAAGUUCACAUGAUUGGUUUAUUAGCUCAAAAGGAUCCAAAUGAUAAUUUUGAUGUUGGAAUGAGUGUUUUAUUUUCUGGAGCAAUUUUGAGAGGAUUCAUUGUUGGUUCUCGUGCCAUGUUUGAAGAUAUGGUCAAGACUAUUGAAAAUAAUGAUAUUCAUCCAGUUGUUGAUAAGGUCUUUAGUUUUGAUCAAGCUCAAGAAGCAUUCAAGCAUAUGGAAUCUCAAAAGCAUGUUGGUAAGGUUGUCAUUCGUAUUGAUUAAAUAAAGAGUUUAUUUCACCCC